AUGGGAAAACACUGUGGUGGCACUGGCACUUCUCCAGUAGCCGGCGCAGGCGCAGGCGCGGCUGCUCUGAUCAGAACAGGAGAGGAUAUAGCUAUAAUCACAAAGCAAUCUUUACUCGGGUCUUCUCGUAGAUAUACUACCGGUAAACAUUGCAAGAGUUUCGUCGGCAAUUGUUCGGAACCGUCAGCCACGGUUGCUCAGAUUGGAACAGGAGAGGAGAUGGCUAUAAUCACAAAUGUAAUGAGCAACAAUGUCGUGAAUUUCAUGUCUUGA